UCUUCUUGUGAUGGUCACGGUCGCCUGCCUGAAACCAGUGGGAUUGGCUUAUUGUCCGAUUCGGACAGUGAUACUGACCUUGACGAUGCAGAUUAUGAACCUCCUAUUGAUGCUAUUGCUAUGGAUGAUACUAUAUUGACAGAUGAUUCAGAUGAUGACCUUCCCUUCGGCGAAGACCAUUUGGACGAGUUUGAGCCAUCUGAUGAUGAUGAUCCAAGUUUAGAGCCAACCACAAUGUCUGAGGAAUCUCGCCCUGAUAUUUUAGACUCUAAUGAAUCUAGUUCCAGAAGGUUACUUCCUGUGGGUUACCACAAACAAUUUGAGCAGGGGCUGUGUGAAGAAAUGACGAAUAUGGUUGAUGAGGAAUUCGUUGUGUGCUCAACUUCCAAGUUGAAAACACUUUUCAACGAUAGAUUCAGCGAUUUGAAGGAGUGCUGCAUUUGUGGGGACGUGUCAAAGACAACCCAAACACCGAUAGGAGGAACCAUGAUUUUUCAUCGGCGAUGUCAGAAGGGACAUGUUGCGGCCAAGUUUAAGACCAGCUGGAAGGUCAGCAAUGUCUACAUUGCUAACCUGCUAAUGUGUUCUGCUGUCACCAUGACUGGGAACAACUUUACGAAGGUAGCAAUGUGGGCGAAGUUUGUGAAACUGGUGUUUCCUUCAAUAACAACGUUCACUCGGCUGCAGGCGGCAUAUGUCAACCCAGUUGUUGAGCGUUUCUGGGGGACAACGCAGGAGAUGAUGCUCUCGGCGCUUCAUGGAAUCCCAGUGGAUAUCUGUGGUGAUGGCCGUUGUGAUAGCCCAGGUUUCUCAGCACACUACUGCCAGUAUGUGUUUCAAGAGGCACUUGCUGGCUACAUUGUGCAUCUAAUGACUGUAGAUAAGAGGCAGGUACAGGGGAAAAGUCUAACUAUGGAGCGAUAUGGGGCAUUCCAUGGUCUGGCGUUCUUGGUAUCAAAAAUAAAGAUCGCAACGUUCACCACUGAUGACAACCCCAUGGUCAGAAGCUGUUUUGGUGACACAGAAAAGUCGAGAGAAAAGCUGAAGUCCAACUUCCCAGAACUCACAGCUGCAGCUAUUGAUGCCAUUCAGGGCAUCAGGCAUUACCUCGACACCUGGCACCGAACAAAGAAAAUCGGGGCGGCAUUAUCCAAGGCUGGCAAAGGGAAAUCAAAGGUGCUUGAUUGGGUGAAGCCGGUUGUUAACCAUUUUUGGCACUGUUGUCAGUCCUGUGAAGGCAAUGUUGAUACAUUGAGGGAAUCGUGGUUGGCCCUCCUGUACCAUGUUCAAGGUAUUCAUGAGUGGGCAACUGGACAAUGCAGUCAUGGUCCCUCGGAUGAGGAAAAUGAGGCUCUUCGUGAUGGAGCGUCGGUGGAUACCGUCAGAAGUGUGGUAACGGACAAAAAACUGAUGAAGGAGCUCCAUUACUACACUGGCUUCCAUCACACAGGUCCACUUGAGAACUUCAAUGGCCUCAUCACGAUGUAUGCUUCCAAGAGGACUCACUUUGAAUACAACACAAUGUUGACCAGAACAAAACUUGCCGCCAUUGAUUACAAUCACUACAUUCACCGCAAGGUGAAGAAACACGAUGAUCGUCUUGUCGUAACCAAAGGUUAUUCGAAGGGAGGUGCAAGAUGGGUCUUACGUUACAAGAAAGAACCCAAGGAUUACGACUACCACAGGUCCUCUGAGUAUAUGCUGCUUUUAGAAAGAAGAGAUCACCCUAGUCGAUUGAAAGCUCGUGUGGAACUGCCCCCGGAUCAUCCGAAGCACAUUGCUCCAAAUAUUGCUCCUGUUCAAGGCAUCACAACAGCUGAUAUUGUGGAGAAGAAGAAGUCAAGACUCGGAAAUUAACAAAAUAAAAAUAAUAGUUAUAUUUUUAUUACUAUACCAUAGACUCUCCAAAGGUGACUAAUUUGACUGACUUGGUGAAACCAUUUAUUGCACGCUCUCAUUUCCAUUCCAUGUGAUUUGAAAACCUAGGGAAAGACUUUCACCUGAGGCUUUUCAAAAGGAAAGAAUAGUUUUACAUCAGCCUACG